AUGAGUUCAUCUAUCAUGAAGAUCAAGUCCCAGACGGAUUCCAUUCGAACCAUCUCGACACUCGAUUCUACCACCCAUUCUACAUGUACAAGGAAAGUCAGUGUCCGCUUUGACACCGUGGAAGUUCGAGAGUAUCCAAUGAUCUUGGACGAAUCCAAGUACAAGAAUCCUUUCUUGACAAUUGAUUGGGAAGCCGUAUCCAGAAGGGUUGGCAAUGUCGAUCAGUUUGAACGCAGCAAGGGCCAGCAAGAACCUCGGAUCCUAGAACCCAAAGAACGCUUGCACAUUUGCGUGCGAUCUGGCUACCCAGUCAGCUACAUUCGUCAACACCUUGCCAAGCCCAACCCCUACAUUGAGGACGAGGCCGAAGUACCCACCGAAGGAGAGACCUGCAAGGGAUUGCUCAAGAAGCAAAAGCCACAAAAGAAGUCGAUGUUUUCCAAAAUGAAGUUCAAGUUUGGAAAGAGCCCCAAGGCUAUUGCCGUAUCUGCAUAA